AUGUAUGUAGUUAGUGACGCUGUGUUGUCUUCUCCGACGCCCGCUGGUGCGUCUCUGAAGACAGGGGCUGCUGUAGGUUCCGGCCGCCAAACUAUGGUUGCUUAUAUUAACAUUUGUAGCUAUUAUUUUAUUGGCGUGCCUGUAGGAGUUCUUCUUGGAUAUGUAGGUAAUCUGAAAAUAAAGGGUAUAUGGAUUGGGAUGAUUGUGGGUGUUGUGAUUCAAUCACUUGCUCUUGGCUACAUAACCUCAACAACUGAUUGGAAUGAGCAGGUGAACAAAGCAUCAGAACGACUCAAUAUAUUCAAAAGACCUUUGGAGGAAUCAAAUGGUGAUUACAAUAUUGUUAAUGAAUAGGGUUUUACUACAAUUUUAAACAAGGAUGUUUAAAGUAGCCCACCUAACCUGUGUUUCUGUAAGGUAGUUGUGUUUGGUUAAAAGAACAAAAUGUAUAAGAGGCUCAGUUUUGAUUUAUGGUAAAAUUUUAGUCAGCUUGUUCUGAAAGACAAAGCUUA